AUGGAUGUGGGUGUUACGAAACAGAAUUCGUGCAUUACACACUUGAGAGAUGAGGAUUUGUGUUUGAUCUUCGAUAAGUUAUACAAAACCUGUGACCGCGAAUCCUUUGGCCUAACUUGUCGCCGUUUUUUAGAAAUUCAAAACUCAAAUUCUAAAUGCUUAGAACUCGGACGCUCAAGCUGGCCAAAGAGAACUCGUGUUAUCUAUGAUGGGACAGAUCCUUUGAUACUUGAUAAACUGCUUAACCGUUUUAGGAAUGUAGAGUCACUAUCCUUCACCCAUUGUGAUAAACUUUCUGAUUCUGAUUUGACAAGGUUGCAAGAAUAUGGCUCUAAGUUGCAGUCUCUUUCCCUUUCUUAUUGUCGGCUUGUAACUGACAUUGGACUUACUUCAGUUGCUUCUGGUUGUCCAUUUUUGUCGAUUAUUAGUCUUCGUGAGUGUUCUAUUAGUGAUCAUGGAUUGGAGAUUUUAACAAAAUCCUGUAAAUCUUUAACAGAAGUGAACCUUAAUGGGUGCUCUAGCAUAACAGAUAAGGGCAUUUUGUCUCUCAACCAAAACUGUCGCGAAAUUAGAGCAAUUAGCAUAGCUGGGUGCAAAGAAAUACGUGGCGUGGGCUUCAAAGGGAUUUCUCCAACAUUGAUUAUCUUAGAAGCGAAUUCUUGUGAUUUUGAUCUCGCGGGUGUUACUGGAAUCAUAAGUGGAGGUGGUCUUAAGUAUCUAAACCUUUCGUAUUCAUACAAAAGGGAACAAGGUUUGGCAAUACUCGUUUCAGGUUCUGCCUCAAAUCUUAGAAUCCUUGACUUGAUGAGAUGCAACUUUGUUGAUGAUGCCGCGAUAGAAAGUAUCUCAAAAGGGUGUCCAUUACUAGAAGAAUGGAACCUGUCGUUCUGUGAUGAGAUCGGAAUUUCAGGUUGGGAGUCCAUUGGAUUGAAUUGUCACAAUUUGGAAAUAAUCUAUGUUCAUGGAUGUAAGAAGCUAUGUGAUAAAGGAUUACUGGCUUUGGGGAACGGCUGUGAGCGUCUGUCAAAGGUAUAUAUGAACACUAAGUACGGCAAAAACAUUACUCGAUCUGGGAAACUCAUGUUCAAGACACAGAGACCGGAUGUGAAGAUCGAACAGGAGAUAUCAAUGAAGACAAAUUUCCCAUUUUGGAAAUUUACCUGGCCCUAUACUAGAUGGUUAUGGGAUUAGUAGUAGGAAACAAUCAAUUUUUUUUUCCAGAAAAACAAACAUCAACACCACACAUUGAUAUCAAUUUAUCUACCAGUAUAUGUAAAUUUUUACU